UCUCUCUCCAAACACCCCCAACCACCCCCCCAAGCAUCCGCCAUGUCGAAAAAGGGCGCGAGGGACCUGUCCCAGUUCAACUAUGGCGCCAUGUCCAGCCUCGUCGUCAACCAGGACCGGAGUGUGGUCCGCAACGACGAGCCCACCGGCGCCCCUGAAUCCCUCGUCGGGCGAAUCGACCCCAAAGGCAUGGGCGCCCGCGCAUACCGCGACGCCCCCGACAUCUCCAAACGCAAGAAACCCUCCUCCUCCUCUGCCGCCGCCGGCACAUCGGCGGACGAAGUCGAGCGCCAGAUCAGGCGCCAGCAAGACUCCAAACGCGCCCAAUUCGGCGCCCAGGGUGUGCUCGACAGUGUCGCCGAGCUCGAGGGGCUGCGGUACCGCCCGCGCACAGCAGAGACGAGGGAGGUGUACGAGCUCAUGCUUGGGCUGGUCCAUUCGAUCUUGGGCGACCAGGCGCAAGAGAUCAUCCGCUCGGCGACGGAUACCAUCCUCGAAUCCCUCAAAUCCGACGACCUGAAAGAGUUUGAUAAGCGUAAAGACGUCGAGUCGGUGCUCAACAAGCUCGACGAGCCGAUCUGGGCGCAGCUCGUCUCGCUUUCGAAAAAGAUUACAGACUAUGUCGAGGAGGACGAGCAGGAGCGGGAUGAGAGGCAGCAAGCGGUCGACCAGGAAGGCGUCGCGGUCUUGUUUGAAGAUGAAGACGAGGACGAGGAAGAAGAUUUCGAAGCUGGCGGCGGGGACGACGAAGACGAGUCUGAAGACGAAGACGAGGACGAAGAAGAAGAGUCUGACGCCGAGCCGAUCGAGGCUGGCGACGAUACCCUCACCGUCGGUACCCGCCCCACCAAAAAGUCCAAACCCUCCGACACCCUCCACCCCCGCCAGAUCGACGCCCACUGGCUCCAGCGCCUCAUCGCCGCCUCCUACCCCGACCCCGUCCAAUCCACCGACCUCGCCUCUUCUUCUUUCGACCUCCUCGCCUCCGAGCUCGAACUCCGCGACCUCGAGAACGGCCUCGCCGAGCUGUUUGGUUACGAGAAUUUCGAGCUUGUCGAAAAGUUGACAAAGAACAGGGAUGUGGUGGUGUGGUGUAUCCGGCUCGCGAAAGCGACGGAUGAGGAAAAGAUGGAUGUGGAGGUGGCUAUGCGCGAAAAGGGUCUCGGCCGGAUCCUCCGCGAACUGAAAGGCGACAAGACCCCCACCACCACCGCCACCCCCACCGUGCCGGAGAAAGCCAUCCCCUCCCACGCGACCCUCAAACCAGGCUCCAUCGCCACCCCCCGCGCCACCAUCGACAUCGACUCCCUCAUCUUCUCCUCCGGCGCCCACCUCAACACCGCCAAAAACAUCAAACUCCCCGAAGGCUCGUUCAAACGCCAGUUCCCGGGGUACGAAGAGAUCCACGUGCCCGAGCCCAAACGCCGCGAACCCGUGCAAGGGGAGUUGGUCGAUGUGCGGGAUAUGCCCGAGUGGACGUGGCCGGUGUGGGGGGUGGGCAAGACGGAGAGGUUGAAUGUGAUUCAGAGUAAGGUUUAUCCGGUGGCGUGGGGGAGCAGUGAGCCGAUGUUGAUUUGUGCCCCCACCGGUGCGGGAAAGACAAAUUGCGCCGCCCUGACCAUCCUCCGCACCAUCUCCCAACACCUCCUCCCCUCCGGCAAACCCGACCUCGACGCCUUCAAAAUCAUCUACGUCUCCCCCAUGAAAGCCCUCGUCCAAGAACAAGUCGACGCCUUCUCCAAACGCUUCUCCCCGCUCGGCAUCACCGUCGGCGAGCUCACGGGCGACUCGCAAAUGACCAAAGAGCAGAUCGGCAAGACGCAGAUUAUCGUGACGACCCCGGAAAAGUGGGAUGUGAUUACGAGGAAGAGCACGGAUGUGUCGUAUACAAAUCUUGUGAGGUUGAUCAUUGUGGAUGAGAUUCAUCUGUUGCAUGAUGAUAGAGGACCAGUGCUCGAGGCGAUCCUGGCAAGGACGAUCCGCAAGAUGGACCAGACGCACGACCCCGUGCGCGUCGUCGGUCUGUCCGCCACCCUCCCCAACUAUGUCGACGUCGCCGCCUUCCUCCGCGUCGACCCCAAAGUCGGAUUGUUCUACUUUGACGCCUCCUACCGCCCCGUCGGGCUCAAACAGCAAUUCGUCGGCGUCACCGAGAAGAAAGCCAUCAAGCGGCUCCAGACGGUGAAUGAGGUGUGCUACGAAAAGGUGCUCAACUAUGCUGGCAAGUCGCAGACCCUCGUCUUUGUGCAUUCCCGGAAAGAGACUGCCAAGACGGCGCAGUUUCUCGUGGAACAGGCGCAGGAGAAGGAGACGCUCGCGCAGUUUAUCAACCCCUCCGGCGCAUCGCGCGAGAUCCUCAUCCAAGAGUCUGCGCAGUGCAAAGACCUCAAACUCAAAGAAGUCUUGCCCUUCGGGUUCGGUAUCCACCACGCCGGCAUGUCCCGCGAAGACAGGACCACAGUCGAACAGCUCUUCUUUGAGGGCCACAUCCAAGUGCUCGUAUGCACCGCCACCCUCGCAUGGGGCGUCAACCUCCCAGCACACACCGUCAUCAUCAAAGGCACCCAGGUGUACAACCCGGAAAAGGGCAAAUGGGCCGAACUCUCCCCGCAAGACGUGCUGCAGAUGCUCGGUAGAGCGGGGAGGCCGCAGUUUGAUACGUACGGGGAGGGGAUCAUCAUCACGAACCAUGGAGAGCUGCAGUAUUAUACGGGGUUGAUGAACCAGCAGCUGCCGAUUGAGAGUCAGUUUGUGGGGCGGAUGGUGGAUAAUCUGAAUGCGGAGAUUGUGCUGGGGAAUGUGAGGAAUAGGGAUGAGGGGGUGCAGUGGCUUGGUUAUACUUAUCUGUAUGUGAGGAUGUUGAAGUCGCCCAAGCUGUACCUCGUCGGAAGAGAUUACAUGGAAGGCGAUCCCACGCUUAUCCAAAAACGAGCCGAUUUGAUCCACUCUGCCGGUGUCCUCCUCGAAAAAGGCGGCCUCGUCCGCUACGACCGCGCCACCGGCACUUUCCAGUCCACCGACCUCGGCCGCAUCGCCUCCCACUACUACAUCACCUACUCUUCCAUGGCCGUCUACAACAAACACCUCAAACCGAACCUCACCAUGAUCGACCUCUUCCGCGUCUUUGCCCUGUCCAACGAGUUUAAACUCAUCCCUGUGCGACAGGAAGAAAAGCUCGAGUUGGCCAAGCUGCUGGAGAGGGUGCCGAUCCCGAUCAAGGAAGGCGUCGAGGAGCCGGUGGCAAAGGUUAAUAUGCUGUUGCAGGCGUACAUCUCGCAGCUCAAGUUGACGGGAUUCGAUAUCGUGACGGAUAUGGUCUUCAUCCAGCAGUCUGCCGGGCGUAUCCUCCGUGCCAUGUUUGAGAUUUGUCUCAAAAAGGGCUGGGCCGCCCCGACGCGUGCGGCGCUCGACCUGUGCAAGAUGGUCGAGAGGCGGAUGUGGAAGAGCAUGACGCCGCUGAGGCAGUUCCCCCGCGUAUCGCGCGAAGUCGUGCAGAGGGCCGAGAGGAAGGAGUUCCCGUGGCAUCGGUACUUUGACCUGAACGAGGCCGAGCUGGGUGAGCUCGUCGGUCUGCCGAAAUCGGCGCGAUACCUCCGUUCCCUCGUCGACAAGUUUCCCCGACUCGACCUCCAAGCCCACGUCCUCCCCCUCACCCGCUCCCUGCUCAAGAUCAACGUCACCGUGACGCCCGAUUUCCAGUGGGACCGCGAUAUCCAUGGGGCUUCGCAGCUCUUCUGGAUCCUUGUCGAAGACGUCGAUGGCGAGCAGCUGCUCUACCACGAUUCGUUCGUCUUGAGGGAGAGGUUUGCGCAGGAUGAGCAUUAUGUGACGAUCACGGUCCCGAUCUCGGAGCCAGUGCCGCCAAACUAUUAUCUGUCUGUCGUGUCGGAUAGAUGGUUGCAGAGCGAGACCAAGCUGCCGAUCUCCUUCGCCCACCUUAUUCGCCCUGCUCCUUUCCCCCCUCACACCCCUCUCCUCGACCUCCAGCCCCUCCCCAUCACUGCGCUGCACAACAAGGCCUACGAAGCUCUCUACCCCUUUACCGAGUUCAACAAGAUCCAGACGCAAGUCUUCCAAGCCCUGUACGCUGGGGACGAGAAUGUCUUUAUUGGCGCGCCUACCGGAAGCGGUAAAACCAUUGCUGCCGAAUUCGCUUUGCUGAGACUUUGGGCCAAGAAGGGCGAUACGCCCAGGGCGGUGUGUAUCGAGCCGUACCAGGAGAUGGUCGACAUGCGCGUCGAAGAGUGGCGUGCCAAGUUUAGCACCCUCGAAAAGGUCGUCGUCGGGUUGACGGGCGAGGCUACUGCCGAUCUGGCUCUGCUGAGCAAGGCCGACUUGGUCGUAGCCACCCCCGCCCAGUGGGAUAUGAUGUCGAGGCGAUGGAAGAGCCGAAAGGACGUCAAGAGCGUCGGGCUGCUGAUUGCUGACGAGCUUCAGCUUAUCGGUGGUGAUGUUGGCUCGACGUACGAGGUCAUCGUCUCGCGUACUCGAUACGCCGCCCAGCAACUCGAGACCCCCAUCAGGAUCGUUGCCUGCAGUGUGUCUUUGAGCAACGCUAAAGACUUGGGUGAUUGGAUCGGCGCUACGAGCCAGACCAUCUUCAACUUUUCGCCGUCGGCCCGUCCACUUCCUCUUGAAGUGCACUUGCAGUCUUUCAACGUCCCCCACUUCCCCUCGCUCAUGCUUGCCAUGGCCAAGCCCGCCUACCUCUCCAUCGUCGAGCACGCCUCCACCCGCCCCACCAUCUGCUUCGUCCCCUCGCGCAAGCAGUGCAAGCUUUCCGCCAACGAUAUCCUCACCUACACCCUUGCCGACGAGGACGAAGGGAGGUUCUUGAACGUGGACAGGGAGGAACUCGAGCCGCAUCUCGAGAGGCUGCAGGACGAGGAUCUGAAGGAGACGUUGAGGUAUGGAAUUGGUUUCUACCAUGAGGCGCUGAGCAAGGUGGAUAAGAAGAUUGUCACUGGGUUGUUUGAACAGGGUGCGAUCAGGGUACUUGUCGCAAGCAAGGACACUGCGUGGUCUCUCCCCGUCACAUCUUACAUGGUCAUCAUCAUGGGCGUCCAAUCCUUUGACGGUCAAGAACACCGAUAUGUCGACUAUGCCAUCGCCGACGUUCUCCAAAUGAUGGGUCGAGCUUGUCGACCCAUGAUCGACUCUUCGUCCCGAUGUGUCCUCAUGGUCCAGCAGACGCGUAAAGACUUUUUCAAGAAAUUCUUGAAUGAGGCCUUGCCCGUCGAGUCUAGUCUGCCGAACUACCUGCACGACCAUUUCAACGCAGAGAUUGUGGCCAAGACGAUUGAGAACAAGCAAGACGCGGUGGAUUGGUGUACUUGGACUUGGUUCUACAGGAGGUUGAUGCAGAACCCCGGGUUCUACAACCUUCAAGGGACAAGCCCAACGCAAGUCGCCGACUAUCUCUCCGAGCUCGUCGAAUCUACCCUCAACGACCUCGUCGACUCGGACUGUAUCAUCGUCCAAGACGAGAUGGACACUCUGCCCAACAACUUGGGUAUGAUUGCCUCAUUCUACUACAUCUCCUACAUCACCGUCGACACCUUCUCCAAGUCUAUCAAGGAAACUACCAAGCUCAAGGGCCUGUUGGAGGUCGUGUCUUCGGCACACGAGUUUGAGGUUGUUCCUCUGAGACAUCACGAGGACACUCUUCUCGAGAGGAUCUAUGACCGUGUACCCGUCAAGCUUCAAAACGUCGACUACACCUCUCCUUACUUUAAGACUUUCCUCCUCCUCCAAGCCCACUUCUCGCGUCUCACACUUCCCCCCGACCUCGCCAUCGACCAGGCUCUCGUACUCUCAAAGAUUACGGGUCUGCUAUCAGCAUGUGUCGACGUCAUGUCUUCCAAGUCGUACUUGGGUUGUUUGGGAGCGAUGGACUUGUCGCAGAUGUGUGUGCAGGCUGUCUGGGAUAGGGACUCGCCCUUGAAGCAAGUGCCCUACUUUGACAGAGAUGUUCUCGCGAGAUUCAAGGAGAAGAACUUGGACUCGGUGUACGACAUUAUGGAGUUGGAGGACGAUGAGAGGAAUGACUUGUUGAGGAUGAACGAUCGACAACUCGCCCGAGUCGCCAAAUUUGUCAACUCGUACCCCAACGUCGAAGUCUCCUAUUCCGUCGCCAACGCCUCCUCACUCAACGCCUCCGAAAGUGUCGAGCUCAACGUCACGCUUGACCGAGAAGUUGACGAAGACGAUCCCGAAGCUGGCCAACAAGCCGACGCUCCUCACUUCCCUCACAAAAAGAUGGUUUCUUGGUGGCUCGUCGUUGGUGAUGACGCUACAAAGAAUCUGUACGCCAUCAAAAAGGUCACGAUGACCAAGGCAACGGCAAAGGCCAAGCUCGAGUUGCAGCUGCCAGAGGGAGAAUGGGCGUUGAAGUUGUAUUUGAUCUGUGACAGUUAUGCGGGCGCGGACCAGGACUUUGAGCUGGAGAAGCUCACGGUUGCGGAGGGUGAGAGCUCGGAUGAGGAUGAUAGUGAUGAUGACGAGGACGAGAUGGAGGUGGACAAGUAGAUGGUGUCGGUAAUAAAAAAUUUGAAACGGGUCUUGGAAAACUAAAGUGUAACUGCUAUUUUUAUCUCUCUCUCGCCAUUAUAUGCAUUGUUCGUUUCCGGAAACCUAACGAAUAUUCUAUCAAGAUUCGUUCGUAGCCUUGACGAUGCCUCGAAA